UCCCCGUCCCCCCCGCCCCUCGGGGCUCCCUCCCCGUGCCCGUCCCGCGGAGCCUCGCCGUGCCCGGUGCCAGAGCAGCGGGGGCGGCCAUGGGCAAGGAUUAUUACCGCACGCUGGGGCUGUCCCGGGGGGCCUCCCCCGCCGACAUCCGCCGCGCGUACCGGCGGCAGGCGCUGCGCUGCCACCCCGACAAGGACCGCUCCCCCGGAGCCGAGCAGCGCUUCAAGGAGGUGGCCGAGGCCUACGACGUGCUCAGCGACCCCAAAAAACGGGAGAUCUUCGACAAGUACGGGGAGGAGGGUGAGCGGCG